UUGUUACAAACUGAAUAUUUGACGGGCGGAGUUUAUCCAGCAUGUUGAUAUCUGUGAACGUUUCCGACUUCUUUUUUUCACGGGUAACGCCGAGUGACAAAACAAGCGUUAUGGCGGAAAGCGGUAGUCAACAUGAACCAUCGACAAGUUCCUCAUGUUGACUGUUGAACCGUCACAACUAUACAUCAUUUAAACUGAACAAGAGCAGUGCUAUCAAAAUUACAGGCUUAAAUUCCCCUUUUUAGUUUCAUACACUUUCCAGUCCAGGUUCUUUUGUCUAUAGAUAGCCUCUGCUAGGACUGGCUUCCUACUGUUAGCUAGCUUUCUGUUGACAUCAGCCCUGCUCUGCUGUUGGAGUGUACCAGGUGAGAAUCGACAUGUCCGAGUCCGGUCACAGUCAGCCCGGUAUGUACGGGCAGGGACGCAGGAGGAGGAGGCGCCGCGGGGAAAGAGAUCCUGGACCACCGGGGCAAAAUCUGUCCGGUCCCAGCCGGGAUCGAGAAUACCAACCGAGAGAACGAAGGGAUGGGAGCGAAGAUCCACCUGGCCAGUUCAUUCAAAAGACCCCUAUCAUUCUUGCCAAACCUCCUGGAGAAAGGGCCAAGACAUCACAGACUGCACCUGUCAGCGGGGCCCCAGUCCUGGAGAAGCCUAUCAUGUUAAUGAAAGCCAGAGAUGAUGCAGGGAAGCCGGGGACUCCUCCUGAAGCGGCGGCUCAGCCUUCUGGUGCUGGAUCCUCCAAGAUGGAGAAGGAAGGGCAGCGACCCACCCAGCCUGUAUACCAGAUCCAAAACAGAGGAAUGGGGGCUUCUGCAUCAAGCAGUGCAGUGGAUCCCAUGGUUGGCCAGUCUAAACUCCUCCCACCAGAGAAGAUGAAGCACAGCAUCAAGCUCGUGGAUGAUCAGAUGAACUGGUGUGAUAGUGCCAUGGAAUAUUUGCGGGAUCAAACAGACAUGCUGGUAGUUGGAGUCAUUGGCUUGCAGGGAUCUGGGAAAUCUACAAUCAUGUCCCUGUUAUCUGCAAACACUCCUGAGGAGGAUCAGAGGGGUUAUGUAUUCAGAGCCCAGAGCCCAGAGAUCAAAGAAAGAGGAGGAAACCAAAGCACGGGCAUUGAUUUCUUCAUCACACAGGAGAGAGUCAUCUUUUUAGAUACACAGCCAAUGCUCAGCCCAUCGAUCCUGGACCACCUCAUCAACAAUGAUCGCAAGUUGCCUCCAGAGUACAACCUCCCUCACACAUAUGUGGAGAUGCAGUCUCUUCAGAUCGCUGCCUUCCUGUUUACAGUGUGUCACGUGGUCAUUGUGGUCCAAGACUGGUUCACCGACUUAAACCUCUACAGGUUUCUUCAGACAGCAGAAAUGUUGAAACCUUCCACUCCAUCUGCAAGCCAUGACAGCACCGGCUCCUCAGGUGCUGACGAUGGAGCGGAGUACUACCCUCAUAUAGUGUUUCUCCAGAAUAAGGCCAGACGGGAUGAUUUCUGCCCACGGAACCUGAAGAACAUGCAUAUGGUGGUGGACAAAUUAAUGGCCCACUCUCAUCUCAAAUACAAAGGUACCUUAUCUAUGUUAGACUGCAAUAUCUUUCCUGGUUUGAAGCAGGACUUCCUGAUGGCUGAAGUCAACAUGUUCCUCCUUCCUGUGCAGGAGAGUGAUGGGGAUGACAAUCUGACUAAAGCAGGGUCAGGAACGUACCCGCUCUUCUCUCUGCUCCCGGGCUACAGAGGACACCCUUCCUUCUCCACGAUGGUUUCAAAGCUCCGCAGCCAAAUACUGGCCAUGCCUCGCUGUCAGCUGUCACACACCAUCCUCACUGAGAAGAACUGGUUUCACUACGCAGCUCGUAUCUGGGAUGGGGUGAAAAAGUCCUCUGCACUCUCCGAAUAUAGCCGCCUGCUCAGCUAACACCUCAGUUGAACUGCUGAUAAUUCAAACAGCUGUGAAAGCUCUAGCGUCCCUUACUCUGGUCACAUAAAGAGAUUGUGGCCCUGAAAGAGGAGAGCAAUGUAUGCAUCCUGCUCGAGGGACAGGAGGAACAGAAAGCCCGGUCAGUGGUUGUGAGUCAGAUAAAAUGCAAAACGACGUUGUCUUCUGCAGACUCUGGUGGGGUUGGACACUGUUGAACUGUUGGUGAUUCUUGUCUUGAGUUGAUGGCUCCUGCUCUUUCAGUCGAAAGAAACAAACAAAGCUGCACCCUUUAUGUAAAGCAGAGAGGAGGAAAGAAAGCGAGUCAUCUUCAUGUUUAAGCAAGAUAUAUAUAUUUUAUUUGCAGGCUAUUAUUGUUGUGUAUAUGCAAUGUUUUAACUGGAGUUUUGAUCCCUUUGUUUACCGUGGUGAAAAAUAGCCCUCUGUAAGUUAGCCUGUGUUUCUGUAAACUAUCAAUAAAAUGAAUAAUUGUCAGUCAC